UCGCCUCCGCAACCGUAACCGGACGAACACGAAAUUACCGUUUGUUUCUGUAACGCUCGUAAAAAUAUUGUGCAUAAAUGUACUUGAUACUUCAGUGCUAGUCUAGAUGUGAUCAUUAAUCAGUUCAUUCAUAAUUUUAUUCUUUUUACAUGAGAACAAUGUGCGAUUACUCUAACAUCGAGUACUUGUCCAUGGUAAAGUUUUAUGUGAUUGAGAAUUUCAAUGCAAGCGCGGCUCGUCGUCGGUACAGUGAUCCAGAACAUUUAAAUAGUUUACAACGAGGAGGUGUACCAAACCCACGUACUCCGAGUACCACUAUAUUCAUCGCGGUUUGGCAGCGUUUAUUAGACUACGGCCAGUUCCGCACACCCAAAUAUAUGCGAGACGAUACUAGAGUCAGUAAUAAAUCUAAAUGCAAUGGUAAACUAGCUGCUCGUAUACUAGAGUACUUUGAAACAAACCCUGGCAGUAGUAUACGGAAGGCAGCUCAACAUUUUGAAGUGAGCGCCUAUUACAUUUCAAACCUAUUGAAAAACGAGAGUGAAGAAGAAAGUCCGCCUCACUCAAAGAAUGACAUCUCAGAAAAAGACGAAGUGUUAGCCAACGUGUACCAUUACUUAAAAAAAGAGCGGGAUGAACGCUCGGACAAGACGGUGUCGACGAUGGAGCUCCGGCAUCGCACGGCUCGCGCCUGCGGCGUCGCGGAACAUGCCGUACGCCGCGUCCUGAAGUUGCAGCGUGCUAAAGAAAAUCCCAACCUCAAACCCCGGAAAAGACGCCCCAAGAAAGCAAGCACGCCACCACAACAUGAGCAACAGAGUGCCUCUGAUGAUGAAGUGGAUGGCGAGGAGGCGGAGAUGACGCUGGCUCAGCUGAAGCAGCGGCAGCAGUCGCAGGACGGAGCGGAGCGCCCCGCCACGACACAGAAACCGAACCACAAACGGAGAGGACGUAAGAGGAAAGCAAACACUCCACCACCAGAACAGCAGGACGAGUCCGACUCCGAUGAACCAGAAGUAAUUGUGAAGACGGACGCAAAUAGUGAGGAUGAAUGCAUUGAAUUCAAUCCCCUUUCCUCGGAUGACGAGACCCUCAAGCCUGACGUGACGGACGCCACUGUAGAGGUAGAGAACGGCUUGCAACAAGAGGAGCAGACUGAGGAAAUAGCUGACACGUUGUUUGUGAAGAUUGAGCCGCGCGAGUAUGAGGACAGCGCGAACCAUCUGAAUGGGAGUUUAGAAGUUAAAAGAGAAAAUCCUGAAGGCACACAAGAUGGGCUUAGUUAACACAGAGCCGUACUCCGUAAGGCAAACUAGACAAGUGCUGGGCGCCAGGAUACAGAGGGCGCCGCGAGACGCGCGUGCGCAACUGUCCAUAGACUGACGACGGCGUCAAAAUAUUAGGGGCGCCUAUGAGGUGCUGGCCUAGGGCGCUCUCUUGGUUCAAUCCACCUCCGAGUUACAAUGUAACAUUAUGUUUGUGUAUUGUACAGUCUGCACAGCUAUUUACUGCACAGGUAACAAAAUAAAGAUUGAUUCAGUACAGAUUUGUAACGAAGCCAUAUCUUUUGUAACCAUUGGUCGGCUCUAGACAACCAAUGGCGACUGUCUCUGUACCUGCGUACUAAAUAGGUUGGCUGACUACUUGUGCGCCUCUGUCUACCUCUUUGGGGAUCAAAAGGUGUGACUUAGUGUCAUGUUAUUCUUUUGGUUAUAAUAUUUGAGUUUGACCAGUCAAGCCCUUUUGUUUGAUAUCCAUAAUGGAGGUAGUUGUGGAAAGAAUUGGAUUAUAUUGUAUGGUCAUCAAGAUCAACUGCUU